AUGGAUCCUCCAACCAAGCCCUUCAGCUCGAGGUUUCCCACCAACUACGCGCCUACCGACGAAGAAGCCUCGCAAAUCAAGAAUCUUAUUUCUGUGCCGCUAGUUCAAGUCGCCCAGAUCAAAGAGAAAAUGGCACAAAUAAAGCGCGAAAUUACAGACCUUCAACAGCAAUACGAUGCCUGGGAGGGUACCUGUUCUUCCAUCCUUCGAGAGGCCUCCGUUCAGGACUACCAGGCCCUUCUCGCCCCCAUACGACGACUCCCUCCCGAAAUCUUGCAGCAAAUUUUCCUCUUUUCCAUCCCAGACAACCACUACGCAGUAAUAUCCCCUAACGAGGCACCGGUCUCCCUUACUCACACUUGUGGCCGCUGGCGUCGCAUCGCGGUCAAGAUGCCACUAUUGUGGACCUCCGUUCACAUCUCAGUCCCCUCGCAGGUAAUAGAAGAUCCAGACUUUGUCAAGAAAGCCAUAGAUGCACGAGUUUCAGCUCUGAAAAGAUGGAUCAAGCGAAGCCACGACCUCCCAUUCGACUUUUCCGUGUACGACCCCGGGACUGUGCUUGCCUUAGAGGAGCCUAGGAAGCGGCUCUUCGGGCUCUUGUGCUCCAUUUCGAAACAAUGGCGGCGUGUUAAGAUUCACGCCCCUCCUAACGUUUUGCAACGCAUCGCGAAGCUGAAAAGGAAGGACAUCCCCCUUCUUGAAGAGUUCGAGGUGCACACCGACCUCGUCUCUUCCAUCGUCUCAUGCAACGAGGACAACGAAAUCAUCAUAUGGGGUGGCAGCCGGGUUCUCGCCGCACCUCUCCUGACGCGUUUCAAGACCAACACCGUCUCAGAGUCGCUCCGCAAAUUCAAGCUCCCAUACAAGCAGCUCACGCAUCUCGAACUCGGGCACGGGCUCUCACCCUCAUGGGAGCCAUUCCUCUCCGUUUCGAGGCUCGCUUGGAUUUUGCUACUGAUGGCGAACCUCGUCAGAGGUUCCUUUGUCGUCAGCGCGGCUUCGUUCGAGUUCCCAGAGCAGCAGAUCAAGCUGCCCGAGCUGGAGAGUUUAGUGAUCACGGAGAUGGGACGUGAAGUCGACUGUUCGGACCUGUUCGGUCGACUCGUCAUUCCGAAGCUCAAGCACUUGACGUACCAUUCGAAUCCACUGGCCGAUUCGGAAACAGUAUUUUCCUAUAUGGCGCUGCCCACGAUUCUCCGCACCGCUGCACCAACGCUAGAGAGCCUCGAAGUCAAUGGGCUCAUGUUUCCUUCUCAAGAGUUCAUGAUCAAUUGUCUACGCUACGUCACGAACGUCCGUAAGCUUCAUUUCGUCGAUACGACACCCAGCUGCAUUCCAGGCACGCUUUAUCCCGGCACCUACUUCGACGAUGCACUUCUCGACACGCUCAUCUCGACCAGCGAGUUUCCAGACAGGUACCUCCUUCCCAAGCUCGAAGAUAUCAGUAUCGAGUACAUAUCCAAGUUUACUGAUGCAGCGAUCUGCGAGUUCCUCGGCUUUCGCAGUGGUACGCUCCCUCGCGUCCGUGUUCACGCGCUGAAGUUCUUCUCCGUCGUUGUCGAACAUUCAUGCCCUGGUGACGGUGGUGCGCUGAAGCAGAUGGAGCACCUUGUGAAGGCGGGAUUAGCAUUGGUGGUAGGGUACAAUCGCGCGAAGCGUUCGCCACGGGCAGUCGAUGUACCUGGCAGGUCUGGCCAUUUAUCUAGCGCGUAUGACGGUUUGGCUAAGUUCUAG